GCUUCCCGGAGUUGUGCUUGCUUCAUCUCCGCCGCUGUUGCUGUUUUCCGCUCUGCCCGGAGUCACCGAAACCGAAACCGCAGCCGCGGCCGCCGUCAAGAUGGCGUCCACCAGCCGAUUGGAUGUACUUCCAAGAGUUACAUGUCCAAACCAUCCAGAUGCUAUUUUGGUGGAAGACUACAGAGCUGGGGACAUGAUCUGUCCUGAAUGUGGCCUGGUUGUUGGUGAUCGUGUUAUAGACGUGGGAUCUGAAUGGAGAACUUUCAGCAAUGACAAAGCAACCAAAGACCCAAGUCGGGUUGGAGACUCUCAGAAUCCUCUCUUGAGUGAUGGAGACUUGACUACGAUGAUUGGCAAGGGUACAGGAGCAGCAAGCUUUGACGAAUUUGGAAAUUCAAAGUAUCAGAAUCGCAGAACUAUGAGCAGUUCUGAUCGUGCAAUGAUGAACGCUUUCAAAGAAAUUACUACCAUGGCAGACAGAAUCAACCUCCCUCGAAAUAUAGUUGAUCGAACAAAUAAUUUAUUCAAGCAAGUGUACGAACAGAAGAGCCUGAAGGGGAGAGCUAAUGAUGCCAUAGCUUCUGCUUGUCUCUAUAUUGCCUGUAGACAAGAGGGUGUUCCUAGAACAUUUAAAGAAAUAUGUGCUGUAUCACGGAUUUCCAAGAAAGAAAUAGGCCGGUGUUUUAAACUAAUUUUGAAGGCUUUAGAAACCAGUGUAGAUUUGAUCACAACGGGAGAUUUCAUGUCACGGUUUUGUUCAAACCUUGGUCUUCCUAAGCAAGUACAGAUGGCAGCCACGCACAUUGCCCGGAAGGCUGUGGAGUUGGACCUGGUGCCCGGCAGGAGCCCCAUUUCUGUGGCUGCUGCAGCAAUCUACAUGGCCUCCCAAGCCUCUGCAGAGAAAAGGACCCAGAAAGAAAUUGGAGAUAUUGCUGGAGUUGCUGAUGUUACAAUCAGGCAGUCUUACAGACUCAUCUAUCCUCGAGCCCCAGACCUGUUUCCUGCAGACUUCAAAUUCGAUACCCCCGUGGACAAACUCCCCCAACUGUAAAUUGCUACGUGUAUUUUAAGCUUUCAUGAACAUUGAACUUGCCCGUUGUAAGAACUGUAUAAAGUGCUGAGAUUGAGCCUUCCUAACACGAGGUUGGAGAAACAAACGGGAAGAUGCAGCAGUAUGGAACAUAAUGCACAUUCCAAGGCUAAGCAAAAUAAUUGUGUGGCAUUUUGUAUGUAUAUAAUAGUGAAAGUAAAUAUUUAAUGGCAGUUAAGAUUAAUUUCUUAUUGUAUUUCAUUUCUUUUGUAGCAUUCUAGUAAAUUGUAUUUUGGAAGAUAUUUGAAAUUAUGUAAUUCCUGAAUAAAUUGUUUUCCAAAAAUAACUUCUU